AUGUCCGGGGACACCGUGCUCAUCUGCGCCUCCGUGGCCGCGCUCGUCCUGCUCUCCGUCUUCACCUUCUUCUGCGCCAGCCGGGGGCGCCACGGGCACGGUUCCUCGUCAUCCUCGUCCCACUCGGAGCAGAGUAUCGACAUCGAGCUUGGCUGCCGGUACGCCUGCGCGGGGAUCGACGAGGCCGAGCUGGCCACGUACCCAACUACGGUAUACUCGCCGGGACGGGUCGACGACGUUCGGCCUGCCACCGCGCCUUCGACCGACGACAGCGAUCAGCCGCGUGACCACACGACGUGCUCGGUGUGCCUGGCGGAGUACGCGGACGGCGAUGAGCUCCGGCGGCUGCCGGGGUGCCGGCAUGCGUUCCACCGGCGUUGUGUCGACGAGUGGCUGCGCCGGCGGCCCAGCUGCCCGCUCUGCCGCACGUCGCCGCAGUCCACCACCGUGAAGAAUUCCUGA